AUAUUAAAAAUGGUUUAAUAUUUAAAAAUGGGGAAGGAGGGGUGGAAAGGGAUCGAAGUGGAAGAGUGGGUUUUUGAAAAUUCCAGAGGAAGAAUGAAGCUGGGGCUCAAAAGUUGGUCCUGGAGAAAUGGAGCUCAUCCUGAGCCCCAGCUCCAUUUCAGGAAAUGAAAAUUACCAAGAAUCUACUCCAGAUUUAAACGACUUUUUCGAAAUGCUUCUGCAUCACUGUCAAACAAGCUGCUAAGAACGCAAGAGGAACAGGCGAAGAGAGCCAAAUUUCCAUCAAAACUUUGUUUGCUGAAGUAGAUCUACAGUAUUUUAUUUCGAGUUUCGAUAAAUGGCCAUGCCAUAACCCCCAGUCACCCAACCCCUAACUCUCCCUCUUCUUUACUAACCAACAGCUCGAACAAAUCUGACUACAGCUCUAACACAGGUGUAGGUUUAAAAUAAUAGGGAAUGGGUACUGACCCAGGAGAAGACAGGGGUAGAGAGGGGAACAGGAGAGCAGAGGGAGUCCAGGAGGAAGGGGUUGGAUAGAAGGGGUGGUUGGCAAUGGGCAAUGGGCAAUAUGGGUUUGGGAUUUUUAAGGUGAGGUUGUGGAGUUGGGGUAUUGUACUGAAAGUUUGUAAGGAGUGUUUGUAAUAGUGAUGGGAUUAAUUAGUUAAUGUAUUUCAGCCUUU